UCAGGAUUCUGGGAAGUUUUCUUUGUCACCCAAAAAAAACACUUUUGAAGCUUUCGAAGUGUCUUUUGGGCACAAUCUGAUAUCAAGACCAGACUGGGAUUACCACACACUGUUUGUCUUUAGGAUCCGGUGAGCUGGAGAUCGUACACGCUGCUGUUUUAUGCACAUGGCAAGGGGUUGAUGGGAAGGAUGAGUGCUGUUUUCAUGUUGGACCAUCCAAACAAGAGCUCAGAUGAGGAUACCGCCUGAAACGUGAUGAAAGACUUCUGCAGCACACUCUGUUUGACGCAGUGGUCACAGAUCUUAUGGAAGUAUUCUGGACCACACUGCUGCUCAACGCGUAUGGAAUUGAUGGGGGUUUGGAGACGGCGUUCCUGGGCACACGCUCCGGCCUCAUGAGAAUGAUCAGAUAUGUCAGCAAAGAGAAACGUGUGGUGAAAAAAUUCUUAUCUCCGUCAGAUAAGGAGAAUAUUUUAGUCUGGACCUUUUCCCUGUUUGGUAUCGGCGUGCGGCAAAGAAUCCAGCUGGACGCUUUUUGUACCAUGUCCCAAUAGAGGACAGCACACCAG